GUCUUGAGUUCAUUCAGAGCGAUCACAGACAUGGAGAACAGAGGAGGACUAUCAGAGGAGGCCGUGUCUGCCGCCUGUAAGGAUGGAGAUGCCUCCACCAAGGACUACAUGAUGCAGCAGACGAUGCUGAGGGUCAAAGAUCCAGCAAAAUCCCUCGACUUCUACACUCGAAUCCUCGGGAUGACUCUGCUGCAGAAAAUUGACUUCCCCUCGAUGCGGUUCACUCUUUACUUCCUGGGCUACGAGGAGAAAUCAGACAUCCCAGCUGACAUCAAGGAGAGGACUGCGUGGACGUUUUCUCGCAGAGCCACUUUAGAGCUCACACAUAACUGGGGCUCGGAGGCGGAUGAAAGACUGUCGUAUCACAACGGGAACAACGAGCCGCGAGGAUUUGGUCACAUUGGGAUUGCUGUCCCUGAUGUCUACGCUGCCUGUAAACUUUUCGAGGAACAAAAAGUCACGUUUGUGAAGAAACCCGACUCUGGUAAAAUGAAGGACCUGGCCUUCAUCCAGGAUCCUGACGGAUACUGGAUCGAGAUUUUAAGUCCAAACAACAUGGUGUCGUUGAUGGAGCCUUAACUGAUGGAAAGACUGUUUAAGUUUUUUUACAGACCUUUCAUACCCAUAGAAAUGUUUUAAACUCUUUUUCUAACAUGUUAUUUUUAUGUUAUUCUGCUGUGUUAAAGAGAAACUUCAAAUAAAGA